AUGUCUGGUGACUGAAAAAACAUACACAAACAAACAGAAACAACGUAAUAAAUACAACAAAACACUCCUGAAUUGCACCGGAUAGAACUAUCUGUCAUUGAGAGUGAAUAAUGUUGGGCUGUUAGGUUGUUUGAUAAUAAUAUUUACUCAUUCAGUCAAUUCUAUGUGAUCAUUAUUAUGAUUGGUAAUCGCCUAUUAGUGACAACAUUUAAAUCAAACCGGCAGUAGUGACUAUAGUCAUGCCGUAGUGGUAAUCAGCAGCAAUAUAGCAAUAAUGUCAUCAGACUAAAAGAGAUUUUCAGCAAAUCAAUCACCCUACUGAUUCAUAUAUAUUAAAAAUUUGUACUUUGCGAUUGCUUAGGAAAUAUAAAGUAAAUUGAAAAGCACACAAAAAAUGUCUCCCAAAUGCCUGAAUAUUUUAUGUUUGAAGUAAGUUACAAAAAGUUUAUUUAUUCCAUUUUACAUGAUCGAUUUAUUUUUUUGAAUUUGCCAGUCUUAAGUUUAUAAAAUGCUCUGACAUGUACAGUGAAGUUAUAAAAAUUAACUGUAGAUAUGGGAAGCAACAUUAGUAAGUCAAAAACACCACCUCUUCACAAAGCUGUUAUUAAGAAAUCGCUUGAGAACAUGCAGUCACUGUUGGCAAAGGAACCUUUAAUGAUUGAUUGCGUCGGUCGAGAAGGAGAAACUGCUCUCCAGUGUGCCAUUAAAAUCAAUUUCACCGAAGGAAUCAAGUUCUUGAUAGAGAACAAUGCAAACAUCAACACUAAAGAUAACAAUGGGUAUACACCUUUGCAUUAUGCAAUGUUUUGUUGUAAUGAACAACUUGUUGAAGAUCUCAUAGACAUUGGUGCUGAUGUAAAUUCAGCUGAUGAAAUGGGUAGGACUCCACUUCACUAUGCAACCAAAGAGAAUUUCAGUAGGGGUUUGGACUUGUUGCUAGAAAGAGGUGUUAACGUUAACCAAGAAGAUAAAUUUAAAAUUACCCCACUAGUCUGGCCUGUCAGGAGAGGAAACAUUGACUUUGUUGAGAAACUCACAGCCAGAGGAGCAAACGUGGACUAUAAAGAUGAACAUGGCGAGUCACUCCUCCACUAUGCAGUGAGGUGCGGAAGUGUAUCCAUUGUCAAGAUGUUGGCCAAAGGCGACAUUGUGAACGGGAGAAACAUACAUGGGCAAACGCCUCUCCAUUUGGCAGCAAAGUUGGAAAUUAAAGAGACUGUAGAAAUACUUUUAGCAGAAGGAGCAGAUGUGAAUUGUAAGGACAAUUACGGUGAAACCCCUCUAAUUUUUGCUGUUGACGUUGGGUGCCUAUCUAUUGUGAAACUUCUGUUAGAAAAAGGAGCUGAUGUAAAUGCACAGAACAAUUUGGGACAAACUCCGUUGUACUUGGCUAUAUACUUCAUGCAUGAUGACGAAGACGAGGAUGAGUACAGUUAUGAUUAUUACUUCAAUAUUGUCCAGGAACUGCUAGAUUGGGGAGCUUCUCUGUCUAUUCCACUAAUGAAUGGAAUGACAUCCUUCCAGCUAGCUUCUGACGAGAUCUGUAGAAUGAAUGCGUUGAAGAUCCACGUCUUGAAGUUAACCUGCGCAAAUCUACCUGUUAAUGAAUCCUUGGACAUUGACUCUUGUGAAUUGAAAUCUUUUAAAGGUACAUGUCUCAGAGAGCUGGAAAAGAUCAAAAGCACUAGAUUCGGACGGCAGUCAUUACAUAACAUCCUGACUAAUUGUAACAACUCCUCUUUUGUUUUGAACGACAAUUUAGCACAAGCGAUCCAAUCUUCUACUUUAAGAAUCGACUUUCCAAUAUAUUCAUCCUUGUUGGUUGCAAAUUUUGUGAAAGGGAAAAAGAGGCAGUCUCUAUUGGACUCUGCUCAGUUCACAUUUAUUGAUCUUUUAGAAAGAAAUGGGAGUAUUAUACUUCCUGAUGAAAUUGUUAGGGAGAUUUUGUCGUACUUGGACAAUGAAGACCUUCUAAUUCUAAUAAACACUCUGAGAGAAGUUUUAAACUAUGGUAAAUCCUAGUUUUACAAGGUUUUGAACAACUUUCUGUUCAUCUCAUUCAAGAAUAUUAUCAUUUAAUUAAAUAAAACCAUAGAUAAUUAAAUUAUUUUUGACCAUGUAAAGUAAUUGUGAGUCAAAGAAAAAUAAAUUAAAAGUUUUUGUCAACUAUGAACUGAAGAGUGUAAACAGAAAUAACUAUGCUUAUUUUGUCAAUAUCAGUAUAAAUAUUUUUUAUGUACCGUAUUUUUAUAAUGACUUUACACAAGUGUUUGGCAACAUUCACUAUUGCAGUGUACAGUGGAACGAUAUCUGAUAUGGUAGGUACAGAUUAUGUGUUGCUAAAGUCAAGUUGUUAAAUUGGUUAUGAAACGUCCUUUGGAUCUUUUAUAACACUGUUGUAUCGUAACACUCAAAAUCGGUUUUAAGUUUUAGGUGUUAUAGACAUACUUAAAAAGUUGGGAUUGUAGUUAGUUCUAAAUUAUACAUAAUUGUGAAUCAUAUUAAUGUUUUGUAAAUUGAAAAAUCUGUAAAUUUUGUAAAAAACUUGCCACUGUAAACAUGGUUAUGCCAGUUAAAAAUUAAACAUGUUCAACAGGAAACGAAGUAUCAAAAUAUAAAACUUACAUAAAUUAGCAUUGAAGUAUUUUAAUUCUUUGGCUUACGUAACAUACCUGUAGUAAUUUUAUUAUGAUAGCAAUAUUUUAAUGUUGUGUAAACCAGAAAGCUUAGAAGAUAUUGUUAAAAAAGAUUUUAAGUUAAGAUAGUGUGUACCACAAGAAAAGUUCUAACAUAAUCUUGAAUAUGGAUCGCAACUGUUCUUAAUUUUUUUAAUACUUCUAAAAUGUUUCUUACAUAAUAUAAGCCAUCUUUGAGUUAGUCAUGUAAAAGUGUAAAUAAAAUCUACUCUUAAAGUAUGUCUAACACCCUUACAAAAUGUUUAUAAAUUUUAAGAAGUUAAAUUUUUGUUAUAUAAAAAUACACAUCUUGAAUCACUUAAAAAAUUUGUUUACUACUGAACACCUUCAACGGGUUAAUAUAAACCAGUUCCUACAAAAAUAUUACAAUACAAUUCAAAAAGUAGUGAUAUUUUGCUCUCUUUUACCCUAGACGAUUCCUAAAGAAAAACAGUGUAUCAUUUUUGUGAAUGCACGUUUAAAUUUACAUGUACAUGAACUGUAAAUACUCACUCAAUAAUCACUCCCAUUUCUGUUUAUAAUCCAUAAACUGAGCACAUAUUACGCCAUUAAUAUUUUAUGUACUAUAUUUUACUUCCUGCUUCAUUAAUUUUGACAUAAUGCUGCUAGCAAUUUAACUAUUAUAAGUUAAUAAGUAAUUGUAUAUAAAAUUAAAAUAGAAUUUAGCUGUAUUUGUUUGUAUUAGAGUGAAAUAAUGCAUAUUUAAUCUUUGGUGCUACUUGUAAAAUUAGAUAAAAUCCUGUUUGAUUGAUUUUAUAAUUGAAUAAAUAUAUUUUUUUAAUAUUA